GCUAGCUCUUCCGUUGUUGGCCAUGGAUUUGUCGACAGGGACAGCAGAGUUUUGAAUUCCCUCAACUGAGACAGGAUUUUUGAUGACGCCCUUGUGCAAGAAUUAAGGACUACUACUCCACUUGACAUUUUGUUAUUUACUUGCAUAAUUUAUUGGUAGGGAUGUAUGGAGUAGCAAGUUCAUAAAAACAUGUUAAAGUUACGGAGUUUUCGGCCAAGAAAUAAAAGCAUGGGGAUUUGAACCCUAAUGUAAUGUAGUAUUGUGAAUGAAGAAAUGGAGAGACAAGUAACCUCGCUGUUUCUUGCAUAUGCAUGAGUAACAACUAAGUCACAGUAGCACAUGCCUAAGCUCCCAUGCAUUAUUCUCAGCACAUUGCACAUACUGAAAUCCGUAUAUAUGUAUGUCAUCAGUUGAUUUAGAAUGGCAACACCAAUAUAGAGAAAAUGAGUGUGUUACAAAAGCUUUUGUCAAUAAUCAUGGCAAUAAUCCCUAGUUGGGUUAUAAUAUUUCUGAAAAAGAAGAAAAAACAAGUUGAAAAACAAGCUAUUGUGAACAUGCUUUCAUCAACAUUUAUGGUGGAUGAUAUUAAUGGUGGUGAUGGUGAUCUUCCGAAGGGACUUCGAAGGGAGUCGAUGCCAAAACACUUGGCGGUGAUAUUGGAUGGGAAUAGGAGGUGGGCUAAAAAGAGAGGACUUGUCCCUGUUGCUGGCUAUGAGGCUGGUCUUGCUACUAUUGGGGACUUCUUUUCUUUGUGUCAAACCUGGAAAAUCCCUGUUGUCUCCCUUUUUAUGUUCUCUUCCGAGAAUUGGCUUCGCCCUAAGGAGGAAGUUGAGUAUUUGCUGGAGCUGUUCGAAGGAUCUUUGAAACAUUAUCUAUCACGCUAUUGUCGUAGAAAUGGAGGACGAGUAUCAGUGAUUGGAGACAGAUCUACACUUCCCGAUUCCUUACAGAAAGCCAUUGAAGAAAUAGAAGAAGAAACAAAAGACAACAAAGGGAUGCAUUUGGUAAUGGCAAUGAGUUACAGUGGCCAAAAUGAUAUAGUUCAUGCUUGUCAAACCAUUGCAACGAAAGUCAAGGAUGGUCUUCUUCAACCUGAAGAUAUAACAAAGUCUUUGUUUGAGCAAAAUCUUCAAACUAACGUUACAGACGUGCCGGCUCCUGAUUUGCUUAUUCGAACAAGCGGGGAGAUACGAAUCAGUAAUUACUAUCUUUGGCAAUCAGCUUAUAGUGAGAUGUAUUUUACUGAUACACUUUGGCCUGAUUUUGGAGAAGAUGAAUUUCUUAAGGCAUUACUCGUCUAUCAGCAAAGAGGAAGACGCUUUGGAAGAACAUGAUUAAUAAAUACGGAGUAUGAAUCCUCCUUUGUAACUUGUAAAAGAAUAAAACUCAAAUGUAAUACUCUGUCCGUCAAUUUUUAUUUGUAAUUUGUAAUAUAAUUAGUGUGUGCCCGGGCGUUGCUCCGGGUUUUACUUUUAAUAGGGUUUACUUUUGUUAAAAAUGUGUCCAUUUUUAAAAGAUUGUAUUUUACAUAUAUAUUGGAAAAUAUAACAUACAUUGUAGCUAGUUAAGACGGUAAGAAGUGAAAUUUUAAUGCAUGAGGUUUGAUGUUUGAUUCUUGCUA